AUGAACGCCUUUGAACGGCUCAUUGACCGAAGCCUCUUCACAGGCCUGGGCUUUCCUGACAGCCCACCAGCAGACGGUCAGGAGGCCUCAAGCUCAUGGACUCUACUCCAGGCUUUGCUGCGGCAGAAUGAACAAGCUAGAAGCUACACUCAGCGACUACUUCUGAAGAAGGCCCGUGAAGAACCUGGGCUGAGGCCAUCCUCAAUGGAGCGGUGGCAGGCUCUAACGGACCUGUGGCCUGCAGCUGAAAGGGAAGCUGUGUCUUCCAUCUUCAGUGAGGUGCACACCUCUGAAGGAAGAAGCGCUGCCAAUCCCGCCCUGACAGAAACUCAGCCAG